AUGUCUGGCUCUGAGUCCAUGAUGAACGGAAAUCAGUCCCUCUGCACUAAAUUCACAUUUGUGGCUUUUUCUUCUCUAGCACAGUUGCAACCUGUACUCUUCAUAGUAUUCUCAAUAGUCUACAUAUUUAGAGUGGGAGGAAACCUCAUCAUCAUCUGCCUGAUCUGGGUCACCCCUUCCCUGCACACUCCCAUGUAUUUCUUCCUGGUGAACCUCUCCUUUUUGGAGAUGUGCUACAUCACCAGUGUGGUGCCUCAGAUGCUGGUGCACCUGCUGGUGGAGAACAAGACCAUAACCGUGGGUGGCUGUGCAGCCCAGAUGUACGUCUUUGCCAUCUUGGGACUGACAGAAUGCUGCCUGCUGGCAGCCAUGGCUUAUGACCGCUUUAUGGCUAUUUGUUACCCUCUGCAUUACACUCUCCUGAUGAGCCCUCCCGUCUGUUUGAAAUUGGCUGCAGCAUCGUGGAUCACCGGGAUGGUGGUAGAAUCAACUCAGGUCACCUGGAUCUUCACUCUGCCUUUCUGUGGAACGGGAAAGAUUGAGCACUUCUUCUGUGACAUCAUGCCCGUAGUGAAACUGGCUUGUGUGAAUACUUCUCACAAUGAGCGGGUGUUGUUUGUUCUCUCCAUGAUCUUCAUUAUGGGUCCCUGUCUCCUCAUUUUGUGCUCCUAUAUGCGCAUCCUGGUGACCAUCUUGAGAAUCCCUUCGGCAGCUGGCAGACGCAAAGCUUUCUCCACGUGUUCCUCUCACGUGCUGGUCGUUUCUCUGUUCUUUGGCACAGCCUUGUUCACUUAUCUCCAACCCAAAAAUUCACACACCCCAGACACAGACAAGGCCACGGCACUCAUGUACACAGUGGUCACACCUGCUCUGAAUCCCGUCAUCUACACUUUGAGAAACAAGGAAGUGAAGGAAGCCUUUCACAGGGUAACACACAAGAACCCACUUAGACAAAUGGCUUAA